ACAGCAUUGCUGAAGCUUUAGUCACUUGCUUGCUGAGGGCUGGUUCAGGAAGGUAGGCAAACUGGAAAACCGAGUAUUGCACAGCUGAGAGUCAGAGUUCUCACGGCUACACAAAUCGAUACUGCCUCCGCCUUCCCUUUCUCUGCAGCCAGGGCAGGACACUUUAUCUCUUCUUCCAAGGAAUUCCCUUCAUUUAACAGUAUUUUGAGACCUCUCCUGUGAAAACCAUCCGUGCUCUCCCUGUGUCCAGCCUGGUGUCAGAGCUAUUACCGACCAUAGCUGCGGCUGAAAGAAGAAGGAAAUGAGUUGGCUCUGUCCUCGCUUCAGAGACAGAGAUCCUCGCAGAGAACCUUCUUCAGAGAGAGAAGCAAUGAACUCUGCUCAGGAGAAUGAGGUUAUUGAAUUCCAGGAGCAUAAUGUGGAGGAAAGCAAGGCUGAUCACCACAAGGCUCUAAAUGGCCAAACGAGAAAGGAGGAGAGAGGUCCCUGGAAAUCAUGCAGGAAUGUAGUUUUCUGGAAGUGUAAAUUAUGGAUGGUCAUAACUACCAUAUUUCUUGUGAUCUUCCUGGUCAUUCUCAUCAGCCUAAUUCUUUAUUCUAAUAUUUACACAGAUGAAGAUGACUACUGGGAUCCUGAUGAAAUACUAAGCACUGGAAACUUUCACAAUUUUUCAGGAACAUUGGAGUUAAUAUGUGGUCUCCCACACUUCUCCUCAGAGAACAUUACAAAGAGGCUAGCAGAGGUCUACAGUUCAUCUCCAGCUUUAGGACGUUACUUUAGGUCAGCUCAGGUGAUUUCUUUCAGUAAUGAAAGCUCCACUGUAAAUUAUCAGCUAGUGUUUUCUGUACCACCAUCAACAGAGGGAUUUAUGGAAAACACUAUGAACCCGGAUUUUAUAAGGAACAUUUUACGUCAAAAUAUUUAUGAUGAAGAUACUCUCAAUCCUGGGACAUCUGCAUGUGUCAGAUUAAAACUCGACCCAGCUUCUCUCACAUAGAAAUUAUUGAAAGAUUCCUCAUCUUCAUCACCACCUAGAAGAGAUGGGAUUCCCUAUUUAUAAGUAAUCCCAGGGCAGGGAACUAUUCAUUAGGUAGAAAUACUUCUAAAAUUGUUGUCCUAUAAAUACUGCCUGUAAUGCAAUAUUGUAAAUGGAAAAUGUGGUAUGACAGUGUUGUAUUGCUACAGCACCACUGCCUCUUUCUUUUAUAUUUCAAUAAUCAGUUCACCCUUGAGAAAAUCAUGUAUUUGAUGCAUGCUCUGUUGAGUUUGAAAGUUCUGCUUUGUCUUGCCUUUUGGUUAAAUCUGAAUCCUCUGCAUGAACUUUAAAAGCAGUCUUGCACCUGGCUCCUUUCUUUUUCUCUUAUGUAAAAUUACCUGCACAGCUUCAUCCUCGAUGCUUCCACUCAAUUUUUUUAUUUUUUCCUUCCAAACUACAUGUGCCACAUUUCCUGGUUGCUCUUUCUUGUACAACAGCAUGAAUACCUAAAUAUAUAUAUAUGUGUGUGUGUAUAUAUAUAUAUAUAUACAUGUAUUUGUACUCUUUAAUUGCAUGCAAGGUCUUUGCACUAGCUUCUUAAGAAUGCUUUAACUCUCAUGAUUUCCUUAUUCUUCCUACAGUCUCCUUGGAUAAGGUGCUCUUUUCUCUAUUUUUCUCUUCUUCAAAGUGGAAUACAAAAGAAGAAGGCAACAGCAUGAAGAGACAUGUCUUGUUCACUAAAGCACCUGAAUGUCACAGGAAUCUUGAAAGGAUCAAAUUAGUGCUUUUGCUACAAGUGAAUAGACAGAUACUUGACCUGUUUUUGUAAAUCUGAAGACUGGUCUAUACCCUUAAUUAUAUAUAGUUCCUUCCCAGCACAGGGGAUUAAAAUGGACAGAUGAAAAGUAUUUGCCUUAAUAAGGCAGUAAAUAGUUGUUCUUGUUGAUGAGAGACCAUAUGAGAUGAACCAGUGCCAAGAGGAAGGUGCUGAAGCAAACAACAUAGGCCACCAAGGCAUGGAAGUUACAGACAAUGACUGGCUACAACAUAAAAAUUAAGCAUUAACUUUCUGCAGAAUGGAACAUUUUCACUACCAUGUGAGUGAAGUAUAUUUUGUCAUUUAUUUAUAGCCUUAUUACUGCUGUUGGAUGGAUACUUUUAUUUUUAAAAGCAUUUUGUAUUGUAAGAAAUAUGUAAUGGAAAAUUGUUUUUCUCUUUCUAAUAUUACUUGUUUUUUUUAAGGAGUAAGCUGACAAUGUUAUUGUGCAUUAAAUUAUUUAUUUUUAUUCUUGAA